GCAGUUGUAUUGACCAAUUGGAAAAGGCCAAUGUUGACUACAGCCAAUCAGAAUGAGACGACUGACAGCCUGCGAGGUUGGUAGAGAAGUCAAGUAGUGCCGCGGUGUUCAUUUGGAAGAGCGGAUGUGAGUCAACAUCUCGACAGAAUAGCUGAUGAAGAACAUGAGCUGGACCUCAUUCUGCUAACAUGGACAAGUAUGAAAAGGUGAAGAAAAUUGGGGAAGGUUCGUUUGGAAAGGCGGCCCUGGUCAAAUCCAAAGAGGAUGGCCACCAGUAUGUCAUCAAAGAGAUCAGCAUAUCUGGGAUGUCCGAAAAAGAGAGGCGAGAAUCUCGUAAAGAAGUGGCGGUUCUCGCGAACAUGAGUCAUCCAAACAUUGUCCAGUACAGGGAGUCUUUUGAAGAAGGGGGCUGUUUGUAUAUUGUGAUGGACUAUUGUGAAGGCGGCGACCUCUUCAAAAAGAUCAACUCUCAGAGAGGAACGCUUUUCUCCGAAGAGCAAAUCAUGGAUUGGUUUGUGCAGAUCUGCUUGGCAAUAAAACACAUCCAUGACAGAAAAAUCCUUCACAGGGACAUCAAAUCACAGAACAUAUUUUUGACAAAAGAUGGGACCGUGCAACUGGGGGACUUUGGGAUCGCAAGGGUUCUGAACAGUACUGUAGAACUUGCAAGAACCUGCAUUGGAACCCCUUACUACCUUUCACCUGAGAUCUGUGAAAAUAAACCUUACAACAACAAAAGUGAUAUUUGGGCUCUAGGAUGUGUCCUUUAUGAAAUGUGCACCCUGAAACAUGCAUUUGAAGCUGGAAAUAUGAAGAACCUAGUUUUGAAGAUCAUCCGUGGCUCCUAUCCUCCCGUGUCCGUUCACUACUCCCAAGAACUGCGUUUCCUUUUGGCACAACUUUUUAAACACAACCCAAGAGAAAGGCCUUCAGUCAGCAGCAUACUGGACAAACCUUUCCUCUCUUGCCGGAUCCAAAGGUUCCUCACUCCACAGGUCAUUGCUCAGGAAUUUCAUCAGACGGUUAUUCUCAAGCACCAAAAAAUGGGUGCGCAUCAGGGCUCACCAGCUAAGCGUCCUGCCCAUGGUUCCAUACCAUCUUGCGCCGCCAAGAUUACCAAACCAGCUUGCAAAUACGGAGUGCCUUUGACCGGAAGAAAGGUGUCCGACGUAACCAAAAAAGUAGCAGACAGGAAACCUUCUGUUAAAUAUAAAGCGGUCCCUCUUCGAAGACUAGGCCAAGGCGAAGAAGAGAGGAGAAAACAGCAGGAGAAUAUCAAAAAAAGACAUAUUGAGCUGACGGAGAAGGAAAAGAAACAGAAAGAACAGAUGUUGCUAAUAAAAGCAGAACAAAUGAGGCGCUAUGAAAAGGAGAAGAUUAGUCGCAUAAACCACGCCAGAGAGCAAGGCUGGAAGAAUGUCUUAAUAUCAAGUGUUGGCAGCCCAGAGAGGAAGUUUUAUUUAGGUGGUGGAAAAAGGGCUGCCGGUGAUCCAGAGGCGGAAAGCUACCACAGUGCUCUUGACCAAAUGGCUAAACAAUCAGUCGACAAAGGCAUCUCCAAGGAAAGAUCGGGAGGACCGAGCGUUCCUAUUCGUAAAGUUCCAGCUGCUGCUGGCCCAGUGCUGUCUAACGGUCGUGCCCAACCCGUAAACUCUGAAGCGGUUAAAAGACAACUACAGAGGUUGCAGCACUUUUCAAAACAAAGCCAUGUCAGCAGGCAGCGGCACUUUCAUGUUGAGGAGUUUUUACAGCGUAAAAAAGAAGCAAUGCUUAACAAAGUCCGGGCUGAAGGACAGCUGGGGACUCGGCAAAACCUGGCAGCAAUCUAUGGAGGCCAAAUUGGUUCAGCUCGUUUCAUAAGACCCAAAGUCAACAAAGAGGAGGAGGAAUAUUUAACAAGACUCAAGCAAAUCCGCUUACAGAACUUCAAUGAGCGCCAGCAGAUUAAAGCUCGACUUAGAGGAGGAAAGUACGACAGCGACGGCUCAGACAGUCAGGAGUCGAGCGAUGAGGCUGAACUCAGGAGGAAGAAGAUAGCGGCUUUGAAAGCUCAAGCUAAUGUACGUGCUGCGGUACUCAAAGAGCAACUGGAGAAGAAACGGAGGGAGGCGCAUGAGAGAGAGAAGAAGGCGUGGGAUGAGCAUAUUGCAGCUCGGGAAGGGAAUGUUAGCAUGGCCGCAGGAGACAUGGCUUCUGCUGGAGCAGAUUCUACAACCCCUGAACCCUCCAUGCCCAGCGCGGCUGCCAAAGCUUCAGCCCUACCAGAGUCUGAACCCUCCAAUCCAGUUAUAUCAAUGACUACUGCUCUGAAGAAUGUCGGAGCUAUUACUCCAGUGAAAGAGCCUGCCACAGAGGCUGUUGAAGUCACUCAGAGUGAGAAGAACCAUAUCCUGAGCAGAGUUAAUUUGAAUCUCCAGAGCCCCGUGGAUGAAGUAGAGGAGUCAGCAACCAGCCCUGAAGAAAAAGGCCCUGCUCCCCAACACAACCGGCCUAAUGCCGAGAACCUCCUUACCAGUGAAGAUCUAAAGAAAAAUUGUGAUCCAGUAGAACUUUCUGUACUUCCUGCUGCUGUGCCAACCUUGAAGGACUUGUGCGUUAAUACAACCACAGCUGCGUCAGUGUCUCCAGAAGAUCGUCCACUUUCUGGUGGAGACAGGAAGAAGUGGGAGGCGGGAGCUCCAUUUGUCCUCCCUACCGCCCAGCAAACUCUAAAAGAGACAUGCUUGCCAACUAUUGAGCAAACAGUUGGUGAGGUAAUACGGCUGGCUGUACUGUCAGCAGAAGCUCAAAGGAAGGUAUGGAGUCCGGGUCCUGACUCGCAGAUACUAAAAGUACUUCAGGAGGCAGAAGUUCAGCCACUCACACAGCUGUUGGAGACCACCAGCAUCUGUGAAGAGGUCUCCUGUAGUCCUGAUAGGGAGAAGCAGACCUUAGACGUGGAGGUGGCGAGGACAUGUGAAAAGGACGUGAGCUCAGAGUGCAGGACAGCUGCCAUUCUUCAGAGCCCAGAGGUUCCAUUGGAAAGCGCUGCUGCAACGGAAGCUUCACAUCCAGAACACGCAAGUGCGAUGGAAGGACACACUGAGCCGCACAGUGAAGACAAGAUCCAGGAGCAAGCAGAUGUGGAAUCAAUGGUUUUGGAAGAAGCCCCUGAAGCACCACAGUCUUCAAUGCACCUGCAUCAUGCGUGGGAGGAGGAGGCUCCACAGCCAAUGCCACCAGAGAGCACUGCAAGCCAGGGAGAAGCACUUGCUGGGAAGUUGGACGGUGCAUCCCAGAACGAGGAGCCCUUGUUUAUUAGGUUGCGCUCUCCAGCUCACAGGCGAACAUCUGUGCUAGCCUUGCUCUCCGCUCAGUCUUCAGUAGAUGAAUCCUCCUCCUCUCUAGCGUCUCGCUCACGCUCCGUGUCGCCACUGCGCUCCAAGCAGCACAAUGCCCUGCUCAUUGGACUCUCUACUGGCAUGUUUGAUUCCAACAACCCCAAGAUGCUGCGGACGUGCUCCCUCCCAGACCUCAGUCAGGUCUUCAUCUCUCAGCGGGACUCUGCCAUGACCACCGAGGACCAUACUGCCCCGGACAACAUCGUGGAAAACGAGAACCGGGAUGAAGCCAAAGAUGAGGACCUUUCUGAGACCGAGGACGCUUACGAGGAUGAAGACCUCCGGGAUAUCCGGGCAUCCAUGGAGCGACUACUGCAGGAGGAGAGUGAACUGAUGAGGAACCCAGCACAGGAUGGAAGAGGGGACUUCAAUGGAAAGGCUGAAGAUGAAGACAUUUUCAACAGGAUGGCGGCAGAGCUCGAACAGGACAACAACAACAUGGCUGUAGGUGAUGAUGACAAUGAGGCGGACGCUGAUGAUGAUGAUGAUGAAGAGGAAGAUGAUGAGGGCGAGGAGGAUGAAGAUCGCUCCAACGGGAGUCCGGGUGAUGAGGAAGCAGGAGAGUUACUCAGCAGUGGUGUCGGGGAAGACCUCAAUAGCCAACUGAAUGAAGAAUGGCAUUCAGACAGCAGUGAAGAGGAGCAGGAGGGAGAGGCGGAGCUUUAUGACAGCAUCUUCAGUCGCUUGGAGGAGCAUCGCUUCAACUUGGAGCAGCAGAUGGGCUUUGAAAAGUUCAUUGAGGCCUACAAUAAAAUAAAGGCAAUACGGGAUGAUGAAGAUGAUAAUAUUGACCUGAGCUCCAGUUGGGCGUUUAGCAUCCUGGGGAAUGAGCACCAGCAUUUGUAUCCCAACAUCCUUCACCUGGUGAUGGCAGAUGGUGCCUACCAAGAAGGCAAUGAUAAGUGUUUAUCGCAGUGGAGCCACUGACAGCAACGACAAUCUGCUUCCUUUCUGACGUCUUCCUGGGACCCACAACAUUUCAAAAUAAAGCUUGCUUGAUAAAUA